AUGUCCUUCCGUGGACAUGCAAACUUGCCCAAGAUUUCGGUGAGUGCCGGCCCCAUGGCUGAUAAAGCCAAAGCGGCCGAGGCCAAGGCCAAGGGCAACGUGGAGUUCCAGGCGAAGAACUUCAAGGAGGCCAUCAAGCACUUCACAGAGGCCAUCAAGCAUGACCCCAGCGACCACGUCUUCUUCUCGAACAGGUCUGCAUGCUAUGCAUCUCUGGAGCAGUACGACAAGGCUUUAGAGGAUGGGGCCGAGUGUGUGCGGCUGAAGCCGGAUUGGCCCAAAGGAUACACGCGAAAGGGACUUGCAGAGUUCUUCUUGAAGAAGUACGACGAUGCUGCUGAGACCUACAAGGCUGGGCUCAAGUUGGCGCCGGAAGAUCAGACCUUGAAAGAGGGCUUGAAGAAGGCCAUGGAUGCCAAAUACGAAGUACUUGGCGCAGAUGUUGUGUUCGAUGCUUUCGUGGUGAUUCGGCUCAAAUCUACUCCGGGCCUUCGAUCUUCAGCUCCGGUGCACCGGCACACCUUCGGCACUGACAGGACAUUCUGCAGGCGUCAUGCUGAGAUCUCUUCCGAGGCUGAUGUGGAUUGGCAUAGUGGCGGCCCAGAACUGGCCUGGUUGUCAGGAGCAGAACACCGUCAUCAGGAACGCCGGACAGGCAUUGUUCACCAAUCUGCAGGCCGCCUCAACGGCAACUGCAUGUUUGCAUGGGAGGGCUACGGAGCGACCAUUGGCUGCUUCCUCGACGACUGCAUGAGCUCUGACAAGUUUGUGGCGAGCGAGAUCGAGUCCUGUGCCAAGGUUUGCUUCUCCUUGCCAGACUGCAAAUUCUGGGUCUGGGGCACCGAGGAAGGCGAGCAGAAGUGCUGGUUCCGGACCGGGGAGGCUGGCCGGGAAGCCGGAGAGGGCUGGGUGUCGGGCUCCAAGGCGUGCGCUCCGCCAGGUACCACCGUCAUGCCCUUGGGCAACUCCGAGUGCUGGGCAGAGGGCUUCGGCUACGAGAAUUGCUGCGAAGCUAAGUUUGGGCCGAACGGCAACGCACAGUGCUGGGACGGUGUGUACAACUAUGACCGCUGCAACUCCCGCAUACGCGCACUACGGCAAGGCUCGGAAUCAGAAUCCAUUCCUGCGAUGCUUGUGGAUGUGAUUAACGUGAGUGCAGCGAGAAAGGUCUUCAGAAGUGCUGGUGGAGGCGGCGGCGGCCUGCAAUUUGACCCCGCUGCUCUUACAGCUGCUGCAGUCAGAAAUCCCAAGAUCAAGGAGUACAUGCAGGACCAGGAGCUAAUGCAGAAGGUGCAGAUGCUGGCCUCACUCCCAGGGAACAUGCAGCAGCAGAUGAUCAUGCAGAUGAUGAACCAGGACAAAAGAGUACUAGAACUCUUCAUGGCCAUGCAGGGCAUCGAUGUCAGCACCAUGAGCGGUGAGGAUUUCGACAAACCUGAGCCUUCUCCAGCUCCCAAGAAGAAGGAGGAGCCGAAGAAGGAAGAGGCUCCGCCCGAGGACCUCAGGUCGCCCGAGCAGAAAGAGGCGGACGACUGGAAGACCAAAGGCAACGAGUUGUACAAAAAGAAGCAGUUCAAGGAAGCCCUGGAGAUGUACGACAAGGCGAUCGCCGUCGUACCCGACGACAUCACAUACCACAACAACAGGAAUGCCGUCCUCAUUGAGAUGGGAGCAGAGCACUUUGACAAGGUCCUCAAAAGCUGCCAAGAUCUCAUUGAUCGAAGAUAUGAGAUCAACAGUGCGAACCCUGGUGGCGCAUCCUUCGAGAAGGUCGCCAAGGUUUUCCAGAGGAUGGCUUCUGUUUACGAGAAGCAGAACAAGUAUGAUGAUGCGAUUGCCAUGUACAACAAGGCGCUGACCGAGGACAACAAUCGGAGCACUCGCAACGCCUUGCGGGAGUGCGAGAGGGCAAAGGAGAAGCAUGAGAAAGAGGCCUACCUCGACCCGGCAAAGGCCGAGGAGCACAGAGAAAAGGGCAACGAGUUCUUCAAGGAGAAGAAAUAUGCAGAGGCCAAGGCGGAGUACGACGAGGGCCUCAAACGCAAUCCCAAGGAUGCAAAGAUGUACUCCAACAGGGCAGCCGCACUGACCAAACUCUUGGCGUAUCCUGAUGCUCUUCGAGACCUGGAUGAGUGCCUCAAGCUGGACCCCAGCUUCGUGAAAGCGUAUUCCAGGAAAGGAGCAGCGCACUUCUUUAUGAAGGAAUACCACAAGUCUCUGCAGGCUUACGAGCAAGGAUUGAAGCUGGACCCUGAAAACGCGGAGUGCAAGCAGGGCCGAGACCAGGUCCUGGCGAAGAUUAGCGAGACCUCUAGAAGUACAGAGGUGGACGAAGAGCAGGUCCGCCAUGCCAUGGCAGAUCCAGAAAUCCAACAGAUCCUGCAUGACCCUCAGAUCAAUAUGUUCUUGAAGGAAAUGCAGAACAACCCGCAAGAAGCGCAGAAGCAGAUGAUGUCGGACCCCAAGCUCCAAGAAGCGGUGUCCAAGCUCAUAGCAGCGGGCAUCAUCCGCACCGGCUAG